ACUAACUCUGAACCUAGUUUUACAGAGCAUGAACUGCAAAGUUGGACCGUUGCGAAACUAAGGUCACACCUAAAACUAAAAAAACUCGGUACAAAUGGAAAGAAACAAGUUUUGUGAGUGUUACCUAUGACAUCAAUUAAACCUAUGCCUAAAAAGACUGCAAGCUUGGAAUGCUGUUGGCACACAUCAAAGGUCUAAUGUGAAUGCCCAGACGGGGCCAGUUUCAAGGAAGAUAAAACUGUAAAUUUGUUACACAUCAGCAAGCGGCCACUUCAAAUGGCAUUAGUCAAUACUAAAUUGACCACUCACCAGCUGUCGAUCAAAAUCAUGUAAUAAUCAAUCAGAUUUCGUUUAUUGCGGCCACUUGGUCCGACAAACAAAGACUGUCGGAGUAAUGGAAAAAAUGUUUAAUGAAAACACAGCUUGGAGGAUUGGAAUUGAGAGAACUAUCCUGACAUUUAACUUGAUUGGAUUACAGAGACUUUAUGUUGCAGGUUUACAGAGUCCUUGACUCUCAGAAGAAAAUGAAUAAAAAGACUAAAGUGAGACAGCGAAAACAAGUGGUAGCAACUGCUGAGUCAAGCAUUACAGAUUCAGGUUCAAACGGUCAAGUAGUUGAUAGUCAAGAGACAUUGAAACAGGAGAGAGAAAUGGAGAGAAAGGAGCGGGAAUCAAUUGUACUGUGGCGAUCUCCUGUGCGGACUUUAAAAUAUUUUGUGCUGGAAGCUAGUGUACUUUUAUAUUUGCUUGGAAAAAGGUUGUACAACAGAAAGAAGACGGUGCUACUAUGUGUUGUAUUCUCUAUGGUGUUACUAGCAAUCUACAAUAUAGAGGGAGCCCACCAACAGACUGUGGGCAGUGUAGAGAAGACCGUGCUGUGGUGUGCCUACUGGGUCGGCCUGGGCAUCCUAUCCUCCGUGGGGCUGGGAACAGGCCUGCACACCUUCCUGCUAUACCUGGGUCCACACAUAGCUGCAGUGACAUUGGCGGCCUAUGAGUGCAUGUCUACAAACUUCCCUGAGCCUCCAUAUCCCACAGAGAUCAUAUGCCCAGAAGAGGAAGGAAAGCAGUACAGGAUCUCCAUGUGGACCAUCAUCAGCAAGGUGCGACUUGAAGCGUUCAUGUGGGGUGCAGGAACCGCCAUCGGGGAGUUGCCACCAUAUUUCAUGGCGCGUGCGGCUCGGCUCUCUGGUGCCGACCUCGAUGCUGAUGAGUUUGAGGAGAUUGAAGAGCUCCUGCAUGAGAAGAAUGAGAACCCUGGAGAUAUGAGUUUCCUAGAAAAAGCAAAGUUGUCUGUGCACAAUUUGGUGCAGAGGGUUGGAUUCUUUGGUAUUUUGCUGUGUGCAUCGAUUCCCAACCCACUGUUUGAUCUGGCAGGUAUCACAUGCGGUCAUUUCCUCAUCCCAUUCUGGACGUUCUUUGGUGCUACUCUUAUUGGCAAGGCCAUCAUCAAAAUGCAUAUACAGAAACUGUUUGUGAUAUUCUUGUUCAGUGAACACCAUGUGGAAACAGUAGUAAACUUGAUAGGGAAACUACCAAAGUAUGGGAAAGUUUUACAAACACCUUUCAAAGAGUAUCUCCGUCUUCAGAAACAAAAGUUACAUCAUAAACCUGGUACUGCAACUUCAGGGGAAUCCGGCAAUCUUUUGGCGUGGAUAUUUGAAAAGGUAGUCAUAGUGAUGGUUGCGUAUUUCCUUCUUUCCAUUAUCAACUCUAUGGCACAAAAUUACCACAAGAGGCAAUGCAAAACCAAACGUCUGCUGCAGUGAUAUGGUUCCUCUUACUGACUGCAAAGAUGAUCUGGGUCAUCAUGGUGGUUGCAAUUAUUGCAAUGUAGGUCAUCUAAACAAUUGCACUAUUUAAUUAUAAAAGCUCAUUGACGACUGAUGAAGUUCCUUGGGCCACAAAGCAUAUGAAAAGCUCAGAUUCACAUUUAAGUCAUAUAAUCAUAAGUUUUGUAAUUGUAUGAUAUUGUUGUCAUAUUUACACCAGUGUUUUAUUUUUGCCAUACCAAAAUGUAGUAGACUUUAUAUGAAGGCUUUCAAUGAUGUUGAAAAGCAUGGUUAUUAGAUUGAGGAAGGCAAGCUCAUGGACACCCUCAAACAGAUGGUUUCCGGUUAAUAACUUGCAUUUUCAUUGACUAAUGGAAACUUUGUAUGUAGCAAGCUUGUUUGGAGACCUAGCUUGGCAUUUCUUUUAAGGCAUGUCAUGUCAAGCUCUGUUUUGAUAAGAAUAGAUUAACACUUAGCGCUUAAUUAUUAAAAUUCUUGGAUAUAGUAUACUGAUAUUUUGUGUAACUGUGUAUCUUACCUGGAGCCCAAUACCUUGGUAUUGUACUGGGGUUAGUUGAUUCAAAGUCAGAGUUGCUUAAUAUUUUAGCUCACCUGAGCACAACGUGCUCAUGGUGAGCUUUUGUGAUUACAUUUUGUCCGUCGUGCGUUGUGCGGCAUCAACAUUUGCCUGGUUAACACUCAAGAGGCCUCAUUUAUUGUCCAAUCUUCAUGAAAUUUGGUCAGAAGAUUGGUCUCAAUGAUAUCUUGGAUGAGUUCGAAAAUUGUUACGUUUGCUUGAAAAACAUGGCUGCCAAGGAGCGUGGCAUUUUUCCUUAUAUGGCUAUAUAUGGCUAUAGUAAAAUUUUGUUAACACUCCAAAGGCCACAUUUAUUUCCGAUCUCUUGAAACUUUGUCAGAAGAUUCAUCCCAAUAAUAUCUUGGACGAGUUAAAAAAUGAUGCCGAUAGGUUGAAAAACAUGGCUGCCAGGGGGCAGAGCAUUUUUCCAUUUAUUGUUAUAGUAAAACCUUGUUAACACUCGUGAGGCUACAUUUAUUUUCCGAUCUUCAUGAAACUUGGUCAGAAGAUUUGUCCCAAUGAUAUCUUGGAUGAGUCAGAAAGUGGUUUUGGUUGCUUUUAAAACAUGGCCAGGGGGCGGGGCAUUUUUCCAAAUAUGGAUAUAUAUUUCUUUAGUUAAACCUUUUUAACACUCUAGAGGCCACAUUUAUUGUUCGAUCAUCAUGAAACUUGGCCAGACAAUUUGUCCCAGUGAUAUCUUGAUAAGUUCAAAAAUGGUUCAGGUUGGUGGAAAAACAUGGCCGCCAAGGGGUCAUGGCCUUUUUCCUUAUAUAGCUAUAGUAAAACCUUGUUAACACUCUAGAAGCCACAUUUAUUGUCAUGAAACUUGGUCAGAAGAUUUGUCCCAAUGAUAUCUUUGACAAGUUCGAAAAUGGUUCCAGUUGCUUGAAAAACAUGACCAUCAGAGGGUGGGGCAUUUGUUCUUAUAUGGCUUUAUGAAUCUUCAUGAAACUAUGUCAGAAUAUUUGUUUAAAUGAAAUCUUGGAUGUGUAUGAAAAUGGUUCUGGUCUGUUGAAUAACAUGGCUGCCAGGGUGUUCACUAGUCAUGAAAGUUGGUUAAAACAUUUGUUUUAAUGACAUCUUGGGCUGCAGAGAACUGAUCAGUUCCUUUGAAUCUCAGAUGAGCGACUUUAGGCCUUUCAGGCCCUCUUGUUUAAAAAGCAUUCAGCUUGUAUCUGGUCAAUAACUUAAGUUUGAAUUGACCAACUUUGAUCACACAUAGGAUAUAGCAAACUUGCAUGGAUACCAAGCGUGUAAUUGAAAUUACUUGAGUUUUAGUUUAGGUAUUGCAUUGUUUUUUUUGUACGGAGGUUACUUUUUAUCUUGACCUGUGAUUUCAUAUUUGUCAGUUAAGGUCAAGGUCACUGUUAUUAAAUGAGUCGUGUUCUGAGAAAACUGGGCAUACUGCAUGUGCGUAAAGUGUCAUCCCAGACUAGCCUGUGCAGUCCAGACGUCACUUUCGGCUUUUAUGAUAUUUUUAGUUUUAAGGAAGUCCCUCCUUACUGAAAUCAAGUUUAGGCGGAAAGUGUCGUCCCUGAUUAGCCUGUGCGGACUGCACAGACUAAUCUGGGACGACACUUUACGCACAUGCAUUAAGCCCAGUUUUCUCAGAACACAACUCAAAUAACAGAAAAAGCAACAUUAAUACAUAAAACCUUGAAUAAAGUUGGAGAUAUUCUGAUGAAAUUGUAUGUGCAUGUAGCUUACAUGUAAACUCCUAAACCUAGCUUGUGAUUCCAUUUUGGUCUAGAUCAACAUAGCAAACAAUCAAACUUCAAAAGCUUCAUCAGUAUAGAAUUUCUUGUUUAUGUCAGCAACUUUUAUAACAGACAACCAAAUAUAAAUAAAAACUGAUUCAAACUGGGAUCCCCACCUUGGGAAAGUCAAUACAUAUCAUUCAGAGUUCAAACCGGUUUGAGUGCAUGCAGAACCUAGCACUUUCACUGGAAUAAAUCCCAAACCAAACAUGCUUUGAAAUCAAUCUCAAAUAAUUAUGGUCACUAUUUCUAAAAAUCUUUCUCUGCUCAUUACCUUGAAUUUUUAUAUGGCUAUUGUUUUCAAAUUUUCUGUAUUGGAGGCUAACUUGCUGACCUAAUUUGGAAUGUUCAAUCAAAUUUAAAUUUAUUACUGAAAUGUUGAAUAGUCUAUCUGGUUUUGUGUCAUUGCCAUGUUUGUUGUAUACCUCCUGCUCAAUAAUGUAGCAAGAUAUUAAUUAUUGUACUUAAUGGAUUGUUCCGAAGCUGGGUUCAUAGAAAAAGAUUUAUAACUCAGGCUGCAUUAUUAAUAUAUUAAUUUCCUUUUGUCCUGUUUCUGUUUUUAGCCGUUUUCUAAAAUAUGAAAUAAUUAAUGGAUUGAUAUCAAAUCUCAUUUAUUCAUGGCUUCAUUUUGUGAGUACAUUGACCAUUUGCUUAAGUGUUAUAAACUUUAUUAUUUAUGGAGUUAUUUCCAUUCUGGUCCAGUCAUGUUUUAUAGAACUGCAUUAACAAUUUAUGGACUAGCACAGUGUCUUUAUCCAGCUCCAGUUAAAAAUGUUCACACCUGGGGCCCGUCUUAUCAAACUUCGUACGACAUUCUUACCUUACGAUGCAAUUUUUGAAGCGCGAUAAAUAUGUAACCGUCACUUUUAUAAUUACUUUUGUUGAACAUUUCCAUUUAUUUCCAAAAGUAGAUCUUAGAUAUGCUUUAUAUUUAAAACAUACAGAUCAUAAUCACUUAUAUUUUUAAAUUACAAAAUUCAAUCGUAAGUUAACAUUGUCGUACGAUCUUUGAUAAGACGGACCCCUGAAGAUAUGUUAAUUGCUUGAAUGUUCUUGUGAAUAAGCAAUAUGUGUGUGUGGUUAGAGUGAUGGGGUGUUGGUGCCGUGUCAGUGUGCUCAUGGUGUGAUUUUUUUUAUUAAUUAAGCAAAAUGUUAUUUAUAAUCUGUGUACAAUGUUAAUAUAUUUAAAUAAUAUUCAUGGAAUGAGUAUAUGAUUGCAAACAGUGUUUAAUGUUUAAGCAUAUGUGCUGGCAUUUUCAUUAAUUCAUUGACAUUUUGUACUGUUUGAUUCAGUUAGUUCAUAGUAAACUAUUUCUAUAAAAUCUAGCAUAAUACCGGGUACAUAUGAUUUUUUUUCUGAAUUGUGUACUAUUUUUAUGUCCCCCACCACUACAUGUAUAGUGGGGGGCAUAUUGUUAUGCCCUGUCUGUUGGACUGUACGUUGGUCUGUCUGUUGUUUUGGUCAAACUUUAACAUUUGCCAUAACUUUUGCAUUAUCGAAGAUAGCAACUUCAUAUUUGGCAUGCAUGUGUAUCUCAUGGAGCUGCACAUUUUGAGUGGUGGAAGGUCAAGGUCAUCCUUCCAAGGUCAAAGGUAAAAAAAAAAGUCAAAGUGGCGCAGAAGGGGACAUAGUGUUUCUGACAAACCCAUUUCUUGUUAUUUAUGUAGCAAUGUCAGUUUUCUGCAAAAUUUCUGAAAAAUUGUGUUUGCAUGUAAUAACCAGCUUUUAGUUGUGUAAAUAUUCAAUUGUUGUUAAUCAAGUUAUGUUUAAUGCAAAAGAAGCCUAAAAUUAAUCAUGGAAGGCCAUUUUCAUAUCUAAAUCACUGGGUUAUUUAUAAAUUUAAGUAACAUAUACUUAAAAUCAAACAAUUAUUUUGCAAAAUAUUUCGUAACAUAAAGUUAAUCCAUAAAAGAUCAGUGUUUCUUAUAGCAAAAUUAUAGCCAAAAUUUCAACGCUAGAUGUUGUAUGGUAACAUAGAUUAAAUGAGAUACAAAAUUCUCAUUUUUAGCUCACCUUAGCACAACGUAAUAUCUAAGACGAGUACAAAAAUGAUGCCGGUUGGUUUAAAAACAUGACUGCCAGGGGGCGGGGCAAUUUUCCUUAUAUGGCUAUAGUAAAACCUUGUUAACACACUAGAGGCCACAUUAUUUUCCGAUCUUCAUGAAACUUGGUCAGAAGAUUUGUCCCAAUAAUAUCUUGUUAUCUCAGGUGAGCGACUUUGGGCCUUUCAGGCCCUCUUGUCUAAAUUAUUGUGGCACAAUAUAUUCCAUGUUAAUUUCCCGCAACAAUAUUUAUUCCUAGGCAACAAAAACACUUAAUGGUACAUAAGUUGGUACAUGUGUUUAAUAUAUUGUACAAAUCUUUUCCCAUUAUGCACAGUUCUAUAACCAUAACAUCAAAUAUUAAGUGAAAUUGAACAAAAACCAAUGAAUGUUUAUUAUGGCUAAAUGCAAGACUAUGAUACCUUCCUAUGCAUUUGCAAAACCAUUAAGCAUAUUUUUAUAAUCACCCGUCAAUAUGCUAUGUUAAGACAUGGCUUUUUCUGCAUUUUCAAGUUAAGUCACUGAAUAAAUCAAAACAAAAGACCACUUCUCUACUUCCCAAAUUAUUCAGGUAUAAAAGUUAUAUCAGAUACCUGUGUUAAAUAUGUUCGAAUAGGUUUUUAAAGCCUCCACUGCAGAUUUAGAAAAAUGCUUCAGAUAUUCAACAACCCUAAAAUAAUUUCCCUUCAGCAUUACGAUUUAAUCUGCACUAGUACUUAGUUGAGUCAUCAUGGCCCUAUUAUUUAUACUUAAACGAAUUUGACACCAAUCAUGAAUUUCUUUAAUCUUUUAUGCUACACCAAUUUCCUGGACCCAAGAGUCUGUUUAUUUAAAAUAAUAGAAUGAUUAUUUUGAAGUGCUUUUUGACCAGGCUGGAGUAUGAAAACAGGUUUGGAUUAUUGUAACAUAAUUUACUAACCACAGUCGCAAAGACACACCACAUAGGCCUGUGGGAUUAUAUAUGGCCCUUUUUAACUGUAUGUGCACAAUAUUAUUAUGUAAACCAAUGUUUUUUUUUAGAGAAUCAUACUUAGGUUAUUCUUAUUGUCAAUCUGAAAUAAAAUAAGUGUUGCAUUUUAUGAACAUGUGUUAUUUCCUUUCCUUUUUAUUUUGCAUACGUUUGCAUUUUUGGCAAUAGUAUACUUCUGUUGGUGAAAACAUAUAACUUGGUAGUUGAACUAUUUUAAUUUCAAAUUUUGCAAAUAUCUUGGCCAUCAUGUAACACCUCUUUUUAUGUGCCCCACCACUAUAGUGGGGGACAUAUUGUUUUUGCCCUGUUUGUUGGUUUGUUGCUUCGUUUGCUCCAGCUUUAACAUUUUGCCAUAACUUUUGCAAUAUUGAAGAUAGCAACUUCAUAUUUGGCAUGCAUGUGUAUCUCAUGGAGCUGCACAUUUUUAGUGGUAAACGGUCAAGGUCAUCCUUCAAGGUCAAAUAUAUGGGUACAUAGUGUUUCACAAACACAUAGCUUGUUUAUUUUGCCUCAAAUAUGCUAUGCCUAACCUAAUUUCCCAAACAUAAUUUUGUUGAUACCCGUAUAACAUACAUGCAAAUGCAAUAUAGAUAAGAGUGCAGCUCUCAAUGGUAGUAAUCAUUGAUUCUAUAAUUGUGCCUUCUUGCAAUCUCCUCUGUUAAUUGCAUUAUAGUUCACAUGUAUACAUUAUUAUCUUCCAUUUUGUUAAUUUUCAUUUGAUUCUGUUACAGAAGUGUUGUUGAAACAAUUUUUAUUGUGUUCUAUCUUAUCAUUCCAGUAUAUUUUUCCUGGGUGCUCAGUAUAUUUAUUGAUUUAUGUCAGAAUUAUGGAUUAUGUUUAAAUUGAAAAAAUAUAUUAUUUUAAUUUAUUUAGCCUUCUAUAUGUCUAAUUAGAUUGUACAUUUUAAACUUAAAAAAGAUUAAAUAUAUGUAUUAUUUCCUUUUAACAAUGUUUUGUGCAUAUCAUGCCCACCUGCUAAUGUUACAUUUUUGUGUGGGGAUUUUGCUUUUAAAAACGUAAAAUAAGAUUCCAACUCUUCAUCCAAUUAUAAAUAUUGAACUGUAGUGUUUCAUCUUUAUAGCAAAGUGUCUGCAGUGGUAAUGCAGCUGUGUGUAAGAUCUUUGUUUUCUGUGUUCGGAAAGCUUUGUUUCUUAUUCUACAAACAUUGUUCCUACUCUAUUCGAUGCAUGUGCAUGUUAUCUUGUCCACAAUGAAUAUGGUUUCACAUAAGGACAUACUACCAGUGAUUGUGUUUUCAGCUCACCUGAGCACAACGGUCGUGCGUCGUCCGUCAUGCACAUUCAACAUUUGCCUUGUUAACUCUCUAGAGGCCACAUUUAUUGUCCAAUCUUCAUGAAAUUUGGUCAAUGAUAUAUUGGAUGAGUUCGAAAAUGGAUACGUUUGCUUGAAAAACAUGGCUGCCAUAGGGCGGGGUAUUUUUUCCUUAUAUGGCUAUUAGUUAAAUCUUGUUAACUCUCUAGAGGCCACAUUUAUUGUCUGAUCUUCAUGAAACUUGGUCAGAAGAUUCAUCCCAAUAACAUCUUGGACUAGUUUGAAAAUGAUGCUGGUUUGUUAAAAAACAUGGCAGUCAGGGGGCGGGGCAUUUUUCCUUAUAUGGCUAUAGUAAAACCUUGUUAACACUCUAGGCCACAUUUAUUUUCCGAUCUUCAUGAAACUUGGUCAGAAGAUUUGUCCCAAUGAUAUCUGGGAUGAGCUCAAAAAUGGUUACCUUUGCUUGAAAAAUAUAGCUGCCAAGGGGCGGGGCAUUUUUCCAUAUACAUGUUUGGCUAUAGUAAAAUCUUGUUAACACAUUAGAGGCCACAUUUAAGGUCCAAUCUUCAUGAAACUUGGUCAGAAGAUUCAUCCCAAUAAUAUCUUGUACGAGUUAGAAAAUGAUGCCCGUUGGUUGAAAAACAUGGCCGUCAGGGAGCGGGGCAUUUUUCCUUAUAUGGCUAUAGUAAAACCUUGUUAACACUCUAGAGGCCACAUUAAUUUACCGAUCUUCAUGAAACUUGGUCAGAAGAUUUGUCCCAAUAAUAUCUUGUUAUCUCAGGUGAGCGACUUUGGGCCUUUCAGGCCCUCUUGUUUUUUUUAUUAUACCCACCAUUGCAAAGUUGAGUGGCUUGCACUUGAAGUUUCAGUUUAUGUCAAAUGGACAUAUUUGAGUGCAAGUUUUUUUAUUUUUUUCAAAAUCCGGAUUGGCAUAAAUUGGUCCUUAUGAUAUAAAGUUGUGCAUGUGCGAUUUUUAUCACAGCAGGUAACACGUAAUAACAAGAGGGACUGAAAGGCCCAAAGUCGCUCACAUUAGAAGAAACUGAGCUGUUACCUGAAGAUGUCAUUAGAACAAACGUUCUGACAAAGUUUAAUGAAGAGUGAACUAAAAAUAUAACGUUGGAGUCCUGACAAGAUUUUACCAUAGGCAUAUAAGGAUCUUCCUUGCGGCAAUGUUUUUCAACAGACCGGAACUAUUUUUGAACUUAUCCAAGAUAUCAUUAAAACAAAUGGCCUGACCAAGCUUUGUGAUGAUUUGAAAUAAAUGUUACUUUUAGAGUGUUUACAAGUUGUAAAGAAAGCAAUAUAUUAGGAAAAAUACCCCCACCCUGGCGACCAUGUUUUUAAACCAACCGGAACCGUUUUCGAACUUGUCUAAGAUAUUAUUGGCUCAAAUCUUCUAAGCAAAUUACAUGAAGAUCGGACUAUAAAUGUGGCCUCUUAGAGUGUUUUUAAGGCAAAUGUUUACGACGCACGAAGGAAAAAAGGCAUUCACAAAAGCUCACCGUGAGAAUAUUGUUCCCAUGUGAGCUUAAACGUAUUUCUCCUUUUUAUACACCCAUUUAAAACGGGGCGUAUUAUAGUUUCACCCUUGGCGGGCGGCGUCCACAGUAGUUUCCCCUCUCUAUAAUUCAUAUUGUUUUCGUCCGAUCUUCACCAAACUUGGUCAGAAGAUGUAUCUAGACGAUAUCUAGGUGAAGUACGAAUAUGGGUCAUGCCGGGUCAAAAACAAAGUGACAGGGUCACUUAGUGCAUUUCAAGGAUUAAGCAUGGUGUCUGCUCUCUAAUUGAAGUAGUUUUCAUCCAAUCUUCACCAAAUAUGGUCAGAAGUUGUGUCUAAAUGCUAUGUAGUUCAAAUUCAAAUAUGGGUCAUUCUGGGUCAAAAACUAGGUCACAAGGUCACUUAGUGCAUUUCAAGCAUUUAGCAUGGUAUCUGCUCUCCAAUUGAAGUAGUUUUCAUCCGAUCUUCACCAAAUUUGGUCAGAAGUUUGUGUCUCAAUGAUAUCUAGUUCAACUUCUAAUUGUAUUGCUAAAACUUUAUAGAUAUUAUUACGUUCUGUGUCGUAACUCCUUGAGACAUACUCUACAAUCAAAGGCACAUCAAACGCAACAUCUGCAAUUCUAAUGUAGAGACAACGGCUGAAAGCUAGACGAUUGCUUUUACUGCAUGUGCAACCCAUUUUACUCAAGUAUCACAUCACACAUGAUGAAUGCUUGCUCUUUCAUCAAAUUACUGCGUUACAAGUAGACCAUUAAUGUAAAGACGCAACCUUCUGCCAUUUUAGCAUACGGGAUGUAUGUGUCAAUCUCUCUGUUUGCGAAUGCUUUCCAAUGGUUGCUCAAUGCUAGUAAUCGGAGAGAAGGUAGCAAAAUUGUGUUCUUGAAAUCGUAAUUGCAUGAUUACGUUUGCUAAUAUCUAAAAUAUCGCCUGUGGCAUUCACUUUUAAUUUGACAAUGUAUGAGCAGGUGUCCGCUUGAUUCACUUAAAUUACUAAUUAAAAUACAUGUAUUUCAAAAAGCGCAGAAUGUGACUUCGCAAAUGAUUGGGUGCAUAUCGACGAGAAUGCAUUACGCGAUACACUCGGCAAUACAUUUUUAGAAAAUCAAAGAUUCGACGAAAUACUUUGCAGCUGACGGAUAACAUGCAUUGUCAACGUAGGCUAAUUAUUUGGCCUUAAAACUCACAGAAUGUCAUUAAACAUUCAAUUCAGCAACUAGGGCGGAGAUUUAAACCCUUACAAUUAAGAAAAAAAAACACUUCCUAGAAAAUAAAGCAAAUCACAGUAGCUAUCAGCAUAACUAUUGGUAAAGGAAAGCCCUAUUCUUAACACUAUUAUUGAAGCAAAUUAACUGAGACUUAUAAUUAAUAUUUACUCAGGCUUUACGUUACUAUAAAUCUAUAUCGAUGAACGAUUCAUUGAUAUGUUCAACUGUACGUAAAAUCGACCUGCUUAAUCUGAAAUCAUCAUCGUGCGAAAUAGGUGUUAAUGAAUUACACUGUCAAACAUAUGAAUAUACAAACAUAUAAUAAUAUGUGUCAUAUUUGUUUGUACUUGGAUGAGUUUUUCCAAAACUGUUAAUACCCGGAUCACAACUUGUUCAUAUAAUAAUUGACUUAAAUGCAAUCAAACAAGGAAUAUUACAUAUUUUCAACAGAUGUGGUGUUCUAAUAUUUUAAACUCCAAUAUUUAAUGAUUUUCGCAUUCGAUUCAAAGAACCAAAGAAUAAUUGUAUAUGAAUGCCACUUAUCAUUAAAAUGCCCAAGAUAUUCAUUAAAAGUAAAUGACCCGCGCUAUGCAAAAAUUGACCCAAUGAGAGAUGCUGCCAGCGUAGCUCCGCACCAGCCUGCAUAUUCGCGAGGUCUGAUAAUGAGUUGGUCUGUCCGAAAAUGAAACCAGCAGCAUACCCGGCGUGACUUUUUAAGCGGAAAACGUAACUCCUGACCGGAGUGCGCGAUUGCAGUAGUAUUGCAUAGUUUGCUCAUCAAUUAAAAAAAAUCGGUUUAUAUAAAUUACGACUAUACUUAAAAAUUGUUGUAUUAGAAUUGUUCUCAUUCAUCAGACUGACGAAAUUCAAUUUAAGAGAAACUUACAGGAAAUUAUGAUUCCUAAACCAGGGUGCAGGAUCACGUGAUUUUUCCCCCUUUUAACGUUUAUGGAUUUAAACACGACGGUUAGUGGUACUUCAUUUCAAAUAUCUUUAAGAAUUUCAAUUAGUGCAUAAAAGACAGGUUUUAUGCUGCUUAUGGCAUCAAAAUUACUGUAUUUAAUUAGCAUGUGUUCUUGAUCAAAAUUCGAUACAACACGGUUAUGUUUCACGGAACGUUAAAUUUUGACAUUGGCAAAAACUGCAAGUAAAACUGUCUUAUGCACUAUCGAUUUUCGCAAAUGUAUUUCAAUAACUAGAUAUAUUGGCAAAAAUAAAAUUCUUAACAAGUACCAACGACAAAUCAAUUCAUGAACAAAUCGAAAAAACUUGUGAACUUAGCAAACUGGCCCAAAUAAAAGCAAAUUAUAAAUUGUCAAGGUACAAUUGUCAAUAAUAGCUAAAAAUAAUACCGGUAAACUAUUUUGCACCUUUUUACUAACUGGUACGCUGUUGUUUAUAUACCAGUCUUUCUUGUCUUGUAUGUCAUUCUUAUUACUUAAAUAGUAAGUCUGUAUUUAAUUCGAAAGUAGUGAAUAUAGUCUGUACCUUUUGAGAAUGCUCAAAACCAUCUCUAAGUCCACUAUAGUCACUAUCUACUCUUAUUUAAGCCAUCAUUUCUUAAGAAUUCGUAAACGCGAAGAAUGAAAAUAUACCAAUGUCAUAAAAACAACAACAAUAAUUUAAGAAAAAAUGCAAUCUUGUAAUCAAUGUUAUAAUUAAUAUGUAAUAAUAAUAUGUAAUAAUUAAUAUGUAAAAAUAUAUCCUACAUAUCAUUGAAAAGAUGGUUAUAUUAAUAUAAGUAUCACCAUAAAACAUACUUAUUUUUUCUUUACAUAAUAUAAAACAUGGACUAAUCAUUUCCAAGAUUGUUUAAAAAAAUAAAAUAUAUCCAAACAUUUUAGAAAUAAAAAAUAAAUUUGAAGUCUUUGCAUGAAUAUUUUUCACCUCAGUAUAUUCAGGCUGAAUAACUGUUUUUCAUAUACAUACAUAUGUAGGACAAUUACCAAGACUGUAGUGCUCUUACUCACUUUAUGUUGUUGCACACUAUAAUUGAUAUGUACAUUACUUUACUGCUGUUCUUGCAAUAUUGAAAACUUAUCAUCCUUAGUAUAAUUAUAUGAUUUAGGAAUUUACAUACCUGUUGAACUUGUAUAUUUGACAUAUGUGUGCUUGACAAUUAGACUGUAUUUAUAUCUUUUGUUAGGAUAUGAAUAUAUUUGAUAGCCGCAACACGUAAACGUUGAUGUAAAUUCGCAUUGUAUAUGCGGAUGUAUUGUUCUUUCUUAUUUUAUAUGUUUGACACAUAUGUGUUGUAAAAAGCCUGAGUGUAUGUUUUACAUUUUAGAAAAAAAUGUUCUGAUACAUCAAGGCUCCUUAUCCAAGAUAAGUGAGAAGUGUGUUAAGCAUUGAAGUUGACUCGAAAAAACACACUGUUUGGGGGGGGGGGUGGGUGGGUAUUUCGGCUGACAUUUCAGUUUUAUUUAAUAAAGAUCUAAUACAAUACCAUAUACUUAUAAGCAUUUAUAUUUAACAAUAAAAUGUCUCGCCUCAUGAACUUAAUUGUAUGUAAACUCUAGUAUUUGAGAAAUUGAUACACCCCAAAUUCAAUAAUAUGCAAAAUAUAUGUUGUAAAGUCACGUAUUUAGAUGUAAAUUAACCUAUGUAUAUGAUUGUUGUCACAAUCAAUCCUCAUUUGUUAAAACCCCAUUUGUACAUUUGUUUCUGUUACAGUGUAAGUUUAUGUUUAUCUGCUGAAUUUCUCGCAUCAUAACAUGCAGAUGUUAAAAGAUAGAAAAUUUGUAUAUUAUCUACCUAGAUACCUGUUUAGUAUUAUAUAUGUUAAAGCAUAUUUUUCACCAUGCCUUUAUAUAAAUGGAUAAUCUUAAAUUCAUUUCUUACAACUGUAGGGGUCUCAAUAACAGUAAAAACGUAGAGAUGUAUUUGAUUUUUUUAAAGAAAAAAAGCUCAUAUUUAUUGUCUCCAAGACUGUAAUUUUACGUCUGAUAUGAAAACUAAAAUAUACUCAGAAUAGGACGGCGAAUGUUACUUUAGUUUCGGGCUAUCAAAUUCAAGAGGUAUUUGCAUCUUGUUUGGAAAAAAACUUACCAAUCACAGUAAAUAAAAUUGAACAUGA